AUGGCACACCUGCUUGUCAAGAUUCUAAUGUCCCACUUCCAGGAACAUGAAGAUGGACUGGUUUUGCAUGCAGACGUUGCUGCAUCUGCAUCUGAUGUUGAGAAGACACUCAAUCUGCCUGCCAGUCCUCGUCUGAUUUUGCUGGUUGCAACAGUGUUUGCUGUGUACUACAUCUUCAACCUGCAGUAUCAAGAGGAGGUGAAGCAUGUCCUGUCCCAGGCUGAGAACAUAGAGAUGGCACACCUGCUUGUCAAGAGUCUAACGUUAAUGUCCCACUUCCAGGAACAUGAAGAUGGACUGGUUUUGCAUGCAGACGUUACUGCAUCUGAUGUUGAGAAGACACACAAUCUGCCUGCCAGUCCUCGUCUGAUUUUGCUGGUUGCAACAGUGUUUGCUGUGUACUACAUCUUCAACCUGCAGUAUCAAGAGGAGGCUUGUUGCACGUUAGAAUUUCUUCAAAGACGCUUCAUUGGAAUAAACCCAGAAAGAGGCUCAAAGACCUGCAGAGGCAAGGUAGUCUCCAAGAAGACGGGGAAGGUGGCGAAUAAGAAAUCUGCUACAGUCAAUCCAAAGGUUGCCUCUCGAUGCAAGCUGUUAAUCAGUUAA